GCGUCGUAGUGUUGCAAAAAUAAGUUGUAAGCCGCAAGUAUAAUUUUUUUUUUUAAUAUAAUCAAAUUUCAUUCAAACUAAACAGUAACUAAAUUAAAAUUUAGUUUAAUGUGUAAUUUGGGACAUAUGUAUUGAAUAAAUAAAAAAAAUUAGAGUACUAUAUAUAUUCAUAUAACUCUGUAAGAUAAAUUUAUCGCGCCGAAAUAGACGCAUCUUUGAAAAUGGAGUUUUCGCUGCUUUGUAGUAAAAAAAAUUCAAUGUGAACUACAAUUGUAUGUAAAAUAUUCGUAAUGUUUGUCAAUUCAAAAGUUUUAAAUACGGAAAAAUGUUUACUUCUAAAAUUACAAACUUAUUAAAUUUUAUUAUGUAUAAGUGGUGGAAGAAAUAACAUAAGCAAUUAUAAAAUUAAAAUUGACAAUUAAAUAGAACAACUUUUUUCAUUUUAGGUUUGUAAUAAUUUUGUUAAAAAACAGAAAUGAGUCUUUCAGAAUCAUUAUUUGAAAAUUUAAUUAAAGAAACUGAAGAAAAAGCAAUUAAUAUAAAAUAUUUGUGUCCGAAAACUGGUUUAGAGAAAUUAAACAAACAAAAUGUUUUUAGCAAAUUUUUGAAAAAUACAAAAAACUCCAAAAAAGAGACAAAAACGAUUGUUGAUUUAACUGAAACUGAAUCAGAUCCCUUGGAUCCUUUAUCAACUCCGGAUUUUUUAAUAUCUGAUGAUUAUUUAUCUAUUGGAAGUUUACAUAAGAAUCGAAAUAAAAAAACAAAAGCUAAUCAAAAAUUAUUCGAAAAUACAUUAAAAAUUAAUGCACCAAAUCUCUCUACCGAUGAAUUGGAGAAUAUUGUUUUUUCAGCAAAAAAUCAAAAAAUUUCUGAAACAAAAAAAAAUCAAAAAGCAAAAGUUAAUACACUAGUCAAAGAUUUAGUGGUUCCACCUAUAAAAAUAAAAUUAGGAAAAAAUAAGAGUGAAGUGAUUCCGAUUACUAAUACAAGUAGAAAUUCUACAAAAAAUAAUUUACAAGCUCAUCAGAAAGUAAAAUCUCCCAGAACUAGUGAAUUAGAUAGGCUGUUGGGUGCUAAUCCCGUUUUAAAAAAGAGUGCAGGCUCUCCUACACUUAAUACAAAUCUUGAUAAAUCUAUGAAAAAUAAUAAAAAUUUGCCGAAUAGGCUGAGACACACAAGACAGCAAAACUAUUCAACAAUAGAUUUAAGUGAAACCGAAACUAGUUUUAGUAAAAAAAUUAAUAAAGAACAAAAUCAUAAUAUGAAAGAAACUGAAAGCUUAAUUAAAAUAUCUAGAAGAUCUAAAAAUUUGAAGAGUGCAAAAAAUAUUAAAAAUACCAAGCGUUUUGGGAAGUCUCUCAAAAUUUCUGUUAAAAGAUUAUCAUUAAAAACAAUACGACGUAUGAUAAAAACAAGAAAAACUAGUGUCAAUAAAAUUAAAUCUUAUCCAGAACGAACACCAACGACACCUAAAAAUACUAAAAAUACUUUGAAUUCUAGAUCCUCGUCAUUCUCUAGGACUUCUAAAAGCUCGAAAUUCUCUUCUCCAAUAGCUGCAAGUAGUCCAAAGAGUACAACUAAUAUUAAAAGAGCUACAAGAAGUUUAAAUUUACCUGUUCAAGAAUUAAAACGUAGAACUUCGGACUCUCCUAUAGAUCAAAGCAAAUUAAAUUCUAAAUUAUUUUUCAAGUUAAAUACAAUUCCGAAUUCUGUAAAAAGAAAAAUGAUCACCCGUAGUCCGCGAUCUGUUGUUGCAGCAAAAAGGAUUAAGUCAUCUCCACCACCGAAAAAUAGUCCCAGUGUUUCAAAGAAAACAGACACAUCACCAAAAAAAGUCAAGAUAAAAAAACCCAAGGAAAAAAAAAUUGAUCUAACACAUUUUGAAAAACCGUAUAUAACCGAAAAAUUCGGAAAACAAUUUUUGAAGUGCCAUGUAAAGAUUGGAAAAAUUAAAUGUUUGGAUGGGAAUGUUACAAUAUCUGAUUGGGAGGCUUACGAAGAGGACAAGAUACAAAAACGAAAAGAUAAAAGAAGAUCCACUCUAAACAAAUCAGUGUCUUUUUUGGAAACUGUCGAAAUAUUUGGCGAGUCUGAAACAGAAGGGAGUGAGUAUGAAGACGAAAACAUGGAAAAUAGUGUCAACAAUAGGGAAGAAAAUGAUACAAAUAAAUUUUCUGAUAAGAAAUCAGAAGACGAACAUACUGAAAAACACAUUGAACAAGACGAUGAAAAUAUUAAUGAAAAUGAAGGUAGCUCACAAGAGGAAAAUAUUGUAACUAAUCCAGAUAAAACUAACUUUCCUGUUUCGUCUGAAAACGAGAAGAAUAUACAUAAAACUUUGCAAGAAAAAGAUGUAGAAGGAACGAGUAACAUUAAAAACAGUCAUACGUUGGAACUAGAAGGGGAAAAAUUGGAGAAUGUGAUUUCGGAAGAUAAAGUAUUAAAGACACCAGCUGUUCAACUGGAAAAUAAACUGAGUGAUAAUCAUAGUUCCCAACUAGAAGAAAAUUCGCAAAAAGAAAUCAAUCAAGCUAAAGAAAAUAAUGAACAAAAAGAAAAUGAGGAACAACAAAAUAAUGAUGCGCAAAGUGAGCUUUCAAGCUCAGAAAAUAUUGAAGCCAGUAACUCUAACAAAGAAUUAGAGUCCGAAACUAAAAUUAACCAAACAGUUCCUGAAGGGAACGAUAGUUCGAUUGAAUCUUCAAAGGAGCAUUCGCGAAAAAUUCGGAAGAGAAAAUAUUACAGCCCCUUGAAAUCAGACGAGUGUCCUCGUAAUAAAUCAUUACGGGUGGCGGACGAGAAAAUAAUUAGACCAUCCAUAAAGACAUUGUAUGGAUAUGAAGUAAUAAAAACUGAGAAGCAACAAAAAAGAGAGGAGACUAGAUUGAAACGAGAACAAGAAAAGCAAGAAAUGAAAGAAAAAAAGGCAAGGGAAAGAUUGGAAAAGAAUGAACAAAAGAAAAAAGAAAGACAAGAAGCUAAAUUGCGGAAAAAACAAGAAGAAGAAGAAGAAGAAGAGGAGUAUUUAGUUGAAAAAAUUGAAGACCGACGAAAAAGAUAUGGUAAAAUUGAGUAUUACAUUAAAUGGGCUGGCUAUCCCCAAGAAGAAAACACAUGGGAACCAGAAGAUAAUAUAACAGAUAAAGAUUUAAUAUUAGAGUUUGAAGCUAAUUUUAAAGACGAAGAUCAAAAAGCCGCUUCGCAGUGUCCACAAGAAAAUUCAGCUAAAACUUUAGAUAAUACAAAAGAAAUAUCAAGUGUAAACGAGGAAUCCGAAAAUACGGAGAAGCAAGACAGCAAAAAUAAUGAUGUUCCAGUUACCUUGAAUGAAGCAAGUGAAAAUGCCAUUGAUAACAACUCAGAACUUUCAGCUAUAUCUCAUCAGAGUAAUAGUGGAAAACCCGAAAUAUUAAACAACGAAAGUGAAAAUCUAGAUGCGGCAGAACAAAGUUCUGAAGAAUCUUCUGAGAAAAAUGUUAUACCGAAUGAUAAUGAAAGUAAUGUUGAAGAGGAAAUACUAGGAGUUAAAAUAGUUGAGAAUAAAAAUGAAAUUCAAAAAAAAGAUAAUGUCGAAAAUGAUGACGAUGAAGAGAAGAAAAUAAAUAAUAAUUGCAUAGAAAAUAAAAACUCAUUUAAAGAAAAAGGUACAGCCAUUGAAUUAAAUGAAAGUAAUGAUGAGGAUAAUAAUUCAGUAGAUGACUUAGAUAAUGGAAAUAAUACAGAUUUAAAACAAAGUGAUGACAAAGGGGAAGAUAUAACCGAAGAAGAUUACGUGGAGGAAAAUUUAGAAAAAAAAGGAACAAAACAUUAUGAAGAAAUGGAAGGGGAAGAUGAAACUGCAGAAGAGGAUGAGCAAAUUAAUAGCUUUGAAAAAUCUUUUGAGAAAACUGGAGAAGUCGAUAUUUGUAAAAAAUUGAACAACACAAAUGAAAUGCUAGAAAAUUUAAAUAACGAAAGCCGUGAGUUGGACAAAAAACUCGUAGAAAAUAGCAAGAAUGUAGAAAGAAAAUUAAAUAAUGACAAAUCAAACGAAAAAGUUAAUGAAAAAGUUAAAUUUUCUGAUACAAUACCUUCCGAUUCCGUUUCAAAUGAAAAUAUUGAAAAUCAAAAUACUGAAAAUGUCACAAAAGAAUUAGUUGAUUUGGAAUCCGUUUCUUCCGAUCAUUCAAAUGAUUUUGACGAUACAUUUGAUGACAAUGAAGUUAAUAUGGAUACUGCGAAAGCUAUUGAAGCAGCUAUAGCAGCGACAAGUAAUGAUGAUAAUUGUAAUGAUGACUAUAGCCCAAAUAAUAAAAAAGAAGAGAAUACAACAAAAUCAUCAUCAUCAGCAUUAUCUGAUAUACAUACGAAAUCAACGACCCAAACAACAGUGUCAUCAACAUUAUCUUCCACAUUGAACUCAUCAAUUUCAUUAUCGAAAAUAGAAAAUACUGUUACGAAAACAGAAAACACUGUCAUGAAAACAAAAACAACAACAACAACAUCAACACCAGUCAUAACAUCAACAAAGGGAGCAACCAAAACAACAUCCGUAAUACAAACAAAAGAUUCAUCGGUAAAAGGACAAACAUCAUCAACAUCAAUAACAAAAACUACAACAACAUCUUCUAGUUUUAGACCAGAAAAUGAUAAAAACAAACCUAAGCCGCAAAGAAAUUUAUUAGGUGGUUUUACAUCAUUUUUAAGUACAUUCAAAAAAUAAAUAUUUUACCUAGUAUAUAUUUAUUAAAUACACAAAAUACAUAUAUAAUUAUAUUUAAUAGAAUAAUAUUUAUAUAGACACAAAAGGUAUUUGAAUAAAUAAAUACAUUGAAAAAAAUAAUUAUUUAGUAUGAAAUAAGAAUCUAUUAAACUUUGUUUAUUUAUAUUUUAAUUGUUAAAUUUCAAUGAAACAAUAUUCACAAUUAAAAUCGAAACAGUCAACCCAUAAUAUAAAUAUAUAGUUUCAAUUGUUUCAAUUUAACUAUAUUAUUGUAUACAUAAACGAUAUAAGAAAUAAUAGUUGAACACAAAAAUUAUCAUUGUGAAUAA